AUGAUCCACGACAUGGCCUACCAGCAUGCCCACGCGCAUCUCAUGCGCCGACAACCUCAAGGACCCGUCGAGAUUGUCACCGAGAUUGUAAUUGCCACCGACGGAGGCGACGACGCCCCUGCGCCCACCCAGAAGCCAGUUGUCCUCCCUCCACCUGCCACCCGUGCUCGCGAAAGUACUACCGCUACCCAGAACGAUGACGAGCCCCAGGAGACAGCUAGGCCCACAAGAAGGCCAUCUUCUACCCAGGACUCGGACGACAAUGACCAGCCUGCACGCCAAACCAGCCAGCCAUCCCGCCAGACCAACCAGCCAUCGAGCUCGACCAAGACAGCGUCCACCCUAAUGCUCGCGACAAAGUCUCCCGAACCAAGCCCGGCUUCAUCUGCUGCAGGCCUCAUCUCUGCCACUGCCGCCAUUUCUGCCACUGCUUCCUCCACUGCUGCCCCCGGCUCCGACGGUGGCAUGUCUACUGGUGCAAUGGCUGGUCUCGCCCUCGGUAUCCUUGUCGUCAUCUGCGCCAUCCUGACUGGAAUUCUCCUUUUGUACCGCCGUAAGAAGAAGCAGAUGGCUGCUGCUGCUGCCGCCGCCGCCGCGGAGAAUGAGAAGACGGAGAUGCGAAGCGCGCCUCCUCCUCCACCGCCUCAGGUCGUGGCCGCUGCACCCCCAGCUGUUAGCAUUCGUUCUGCCCACAGCGCUGAGACCGCACCGCGUUUGAGCCUUCGCCCUGUUACUCAAUUCGACCCCAGCUUCGAGCAGCGCAAGAGUGCAGCAAACUUGCUAAACACUGUCGCUGCUGGUGGUGCUGCUGGAGCCGGUGGAGCCGCGAGCCUCUCACCUUCGGCAGCUGCUGAGCGCCCAACGAGUGCUUGGGAGCGCCCUGGAGCAUCCAACGCUCCCGCUGCUAACCCUUUCAAAGAUCCUGAUACGCCUUCCAACCCCUUCGGAAACAAGGCUGCUGUCGAUACUCAGCAAGCCUCCAUUCCGGAUUCGCCCCCUAAUGCCUCCCCGCUGAACUCUGCCAUGCACUCGUCAAGACCCAGCGCCAGUUUUGCUGAUCCCGCUGCAGCGAUCGCUGCCGCUGAUGCUGCCCCUGUCGCUGUUGCCGUGACUGCAGCCAAGUCAAUUCCUCCUCCCACCUCUCAAGCCCCUACGGCCGAGCUCCCUGUCCCUCCGAAAGCCAGUGCCAACUCUGCAAACGCUCCGCUCAGUCCCCCAGCUACCGAAAGUCUCCCCGCAUCUCCUGGUCCCGCGCCCACUAGUCCCCCUCCUAUCGCUGGCGCCGCUGUUGGUAGCGUCCCUCAGAGCCCGGCCCUCGCUCCUGGUCCCAACAACGUCCAUCGUGUCCAACUUGACUUUAAGCCCUCUAUGCAAGAUGAACUUGAACUUCGCGCCGGCCAACUUGUUCGCAUGCUUCAUGAGUACGAUGAUGGAUGGGCUCUCUGUAUCCGUAUGGACCGCUCUCAGCAAGGUGUCGUUCCCCGUACAUGUCUGUCCAAGCACCCUGUCAAGCCCCGUCAAGGCCCUCCCCCAGGUAACAUGCGCGGCCCUCCUGUCCGCCCACCCAUGGGUCCAGCUGGUGGACCUCAACCACGUCCUCUUUCGCCCGCUAUGAACUCCCAAAGUCCUCGUCCUAUGAGCCCCGGCCCUCGUCAAAUGCAGCCUAACGGUAACGCUCCUCCACAAGGACCCCCUCGUGGUCGCGCCAACAGCAAUGCUCCUCAGCAAGGUCCUCCUCGUGGCCGUGCCAACAGCAACGCACCUUUUGCUGGCCCGCAACGCUCCAUGUCGCCCGGUCCUUACGGUGGCGGACCCCAGAUGGCACCUCCACCUCAAAUCGGUGGUCGUCAACGAUCCAACUCGGCAGGUGGGGCUGGUAACCCACGACGUGGCCCAGCUCCUGGUCCUAGUCCUUUUAACCCUAAUGCUCCCGCCCCUACCGGCCCUCUUCCUAUUCCUGAUCGGAAGCCGGUUCCUGGUAUGGCGCUGUAA